CAAACAUAUCUGUAUGUUUACAAUAUCAAGCAUUUGCAAAGGAAAUUCACCGUAUUGCGCGUGAACAGGGUGGUGCUGCGGCAGGGCGGGCGCCGGCCCAGCCAGAGAGCGCCCCUCACGACGGACGACGCGAGCGACGGCGCAGGCGCGCUCUCCGGCGUGGAUCGAUCAGAUAAACGCGCAACCCCGCUUUUCGAGUUAAAUCAAUACGGAUUCUAUCGAUUUUUGUAGCCGCAGCCGCCGCACACCCAACUCGAGGGUCGCAAGCGGUGGUUGCGCGCACUACUUCAAUACUAAGCAGUCAAUUUAGAUUAGAAUAGAACAUCUUAAUUUUUACCGAAUUUUUUUUAAACAAGAAUACCAACCGGAAACUCUCUACGAGUAACUUAGUAAAAAAUGUUCGCGAGUGAUCGAGACAGAAAUAGUUAGUGAAAAUGACGAGAACAUUGUGAAUUGGCAAUAAUGACGUCUACUGACACGUACCAGUUGAAAUGGCAUUCGCACAGCUCUCAUUUGAACGGGUCGGUGGCUGCUUUGUUGCGGUCAGAGAGGUUCACGGAUGUCGUGCUGUGUACGAUGGACGGGUCUCAGAUACCGGCGCACAAGUUCAUCCUGAGCUCGUGCAGUGUGUACCUGAGCAGCCUGUUCGAGGGCCAGCGCUCAGUCACACGUAUGGGCGGCAUGCUGUACGUUGUUCUGCCAUCCGAAAUCUCGACGAAGGCAUUGAAAAUCCUCGUAGAGUAUAUGUACAAAGGAGAAACAACAGUUUCAAACGAAGUAUUAGAUACAGUUUUAAAAGCAGGGGAAGUUUUAAAGAUCCGCGGUCUAUGGAGACAAACUGACGAGGCUGGUGGAGACUCUACUCCUGCUGAGAAGAGCAAUGCACCAGCUGCGGUGCCUACUAUAAAAACAUUAGUCACUAAGAAACCUGAAGAUAUCCAGUCAAAGUUAACCGCUAAGAAAGAUGAUAAAGUGCUCAAAACAUUUAGUCCUGUCCAAUCUCAGGGAGUCACAAGGCCAAUGUUCAUUGGUCCACCCAAAUUGGUGUUCAUCAAGACCACAGAAGGUGGAACUCAAGCAACUCUGCGGCCAGGAGGUCCAAAGGGUCAAACCAUACUGGUUGCACCAGCACCAACAGCGACUGCAACGCAAGCAGAUUCAUCAGCCAUAGCAACUAUUGCAACUCCACCGACCUCCACAGUCUCCAUAACAACAACUACCAUCGAUGACUCCCCAGAUGAAGCUCCCCCUCCAAGAAUUCUAAGACGACAUGCAACUGAAAGAAAAUAUGGAAAGAAACCAAAAACUACAUCUACAGAUAUUGAAGAGUCCAAAGAUGAUGACAAUGCAUCUGUAACUUCAAAGAAAUCUUCACAAAGUACUGCAGAAGUGAUAAAUGACAUCCAAAUAAAAGAUGAGCCAGAAUGGGAUGCCAGCAGCAUAGAGGAAGAGGAAAGAUCAAUAGCAGAAAUGUUUCAGGCAGAAAUGAGUGUCAAAACUGAACCCCUAGAUGAAAUGGAUAUUGAAGAAGAAAGUUUGAUCUAUAGCCCAUUAGCCUGCGAGCUUUGCGCCGAAGUGUUUACGGUCCCCGCGGCUUGGGUGAGACACGUUCAAGGCCAUGCUUCCGACCAACCGCACUCCAGGAAGAGGAAACAACGAUCAGCUAGUGACGAUACAGAAGAAACUAUGGCGCUGUUACGAUGCGACCUGUGUCAAAAGCACUUCCCCAACCCGGCCGAAUGGGUGCGUCACAUACAAAGCACGCACACAGAGUCAGAAUUGGCCUUAUCAAACAACAGUGCCCCACCAAAACGUCACAAUCGUUUCACAGAGGGCGCGCAAAACAAGACUUGCAAUCACUGCAAGAAGACAUUCCCGUCGCAUGCCUCUAUGCUCAUACACAUGCGUACACACACAGGUGAAAGACCGUUUGUAUGCGGGCUAUGCAACAAAGGUUUCAACGUGAAGUCUAACCUACUGCGGCAUCUGCGAACAUUGCACGACCAGAUCAUCAGUCCAGCAGCCGUGGAUGGUGAUGACGAGGAGCCAGGACCCUCGGAGGUGAAGCGCGAGUCCUGAGGACGCGGAGGGGGAGCAGGAAGAGGGCGCGGCCGUAGAUCGGCGUACUUAAACGCAAUGGUUGAUGCCAACCGCCGCGCCAACGAGAAGAAGAAGCCGACGGACACCAACAUCCCUCGCAAGCAGAGCUACUCGCUCUUCCUUAAGCAGCGAGCUGUGCUCUUCUCGGCCAAGAAGUGGAAACAGUGAAACGCCCCCAAUCACGACUCGCUACACUCCAUUUAGGUUCACGUUCAUUUGUUCACUUCAUUCGUUCGUGUCGAAAAAUGUAGCGGUGUCGAGUAAGGUUCGUUCACUUGCAUUCCUGCUCUACCCUCCUUUCUUACUUUUAUUGUCAACUUUUUCGUUAGAUACUCUAGUUUCUAGUGAUGUUUUAUUGUGUAUCACGAUUUAUCUACGUCAUAAUAUAAUUAAAAUAUGUGAUUUAAAUUAUUCUUCUGUGCAAAUUUCAUUUUAUGCUUAGAUAUUGGGUGGUUAAACCUAGUAUGUAAAUAAGUGUAAAAUUAAAUUGUCGACUUAAUAAGGUUAAUGUUGUUUCAAAAUGUAAGCUUGCAAUAUCGUAGUUCUGAUGUCAAGUUUUUAUUUAAACUCAUCUUUAUAUCUAAUACGUACAAAUUACAGUGAACGUUAACAUUUAGGCCAGAGUCGAUAAGUUUUGAAAACAAAACAAUUCGGAACAGCUAUAGAUACACAUUCUAAAAAGAAAAGAACACAUAAAAAAGGGGAAAAUAAAUUACGGGUGAUUUGAGAUCGGGAAGAGUUAUCGCGAUUUUCGGGAAACUACAACUCUUAUCGAUUUUUUUAAUGCCAAAGUUGUAGAUAAUUAAAGGAUCUUUAUGAAUGUGAGUGGCAGUUCAGGGAGGGCGCCACUAUCCACGUAAAAGACGUACAGACGUACGCGCGCGGCGUUAGUUCCAAUUUUCGCUACAUUCAUAAAGAUCCUUGUCACAACAUAUAACUUUUACAUUAACAAAAUUUUUUACAUAACCUAAAAAAUAUCUGCAAAACAUUAAAAUAUCAGAUUUCUUUUGAAGUGAAAACUUCUAUAGCGGCGUUGUACACUUUUUUUGUAAUGGGUAAAAACUGUUCGUAAGACGAAGACAAUAAAAUUGGAAAGGUUGUUGACUUUCAAUAUAUUGGACGAAACAUGUCUCGAAUUAGGACGUCCAGGCGGCAGCUUUAUUGCGAUGAAAAUGCAUUUUUUUACAAUAGACGUCGCUAGGUGCGCUUAAAAGUGAUUCAUGUAAGUUGAUUUUUCUAAGAGAUAAACUUUUUAAUGUAAUAUAAAUUGUCAUGUUUGUGUACGAUAUAUAUAUAUAUAUUGUAUUCUACCACAUAAAUGAUACUACUUUUAUACUGAUAAUUAAAGCAAUUCUUGCAAAAUUAUUCUCUAACCAUUCCAAAAUAUCAAAAAUGCACAAUGUUAAUAUUCAAGUUUUCACUUCUGCCGGCACUCUCGGAGUGCAACCCGUCGUUUUUUUAUCUCUUUUUUUCUUCUUUCUGUGGCGUUCUCCGUUUUACACAGAAAUUUCGCCAAUGUCCAGUAGGUUUUUAUCUCUUUAAUAAAAGCUUCUUUUUUAACAGUGGAAACUUACCUUCUUAUGUCCCAAACACGCUCAAAUGUCUUCUAUUAUUUAUUUAUUCCCCUUAUAUUGAUAUCGAAAAAAUAACCGUAUUUUUAACCGAAUAAGCUUCCGUCAAAACAGUUGCUUAUAAAGAAAAGUAAAUACGGUUUUUGUUCUUUGAAACUUCUACUUUCUGAUGGUAUACAAAAAAUAUAAUUUAUAAUGGAAAAUUUUCUCAGAAAAUGCAAAUGCGCCGUCACGUUUCUCGACCUUGAAGAAGAGGAAACGCUUAAUCGCGAUUUUUAGGAAUAUACAACUCUUAGAAAAUAUUUCAAUGGCAUAAAUGUAUAUAUUUAAAGGAUCUUAAACUUGUAUCACACUUUAUUCACAUAAUCUACUGCGAAAAAUGAAAAUAACCGACGUGGUUUUCUAUUUAAAAAGAACACUAAAUAAAAUUCCUCUAGCCGACCUCAAAUCGCCUGUAAUGAGUUUUUCCUCUUUUUGUGUUCUCUUCCUUUUGGUGUGGGUGUCAUCCUGUUCCGAAUAUUUUCCACUUUUCAAGAUUUUCAAAGGCCCUGGACCUAAUUGUCUUAAUUUUAAGUUAUCAUUCCAUUUGUUUAGAAGUGUAUACCUAAUUUUUAUUUUGGCCUCUUUUAAUACUCAUGUGAGACAUGAUAAUUUUUUACUAUUGUAUAAUGUACCUAAAUGUGGAAUGAAUAAACACCUUAAAAAUAUGAAUUUUAUUUUAUUGAAACAAAAAUGUGUAAUUUAUAAAAAAAGUUGUUUAUUUAGCUUGUUACAUAAUUCUUGUAUUUUUUUUCACAAUACACACAGUGUAUUAGGAGUGCAAAAAAGAUUCUUAAUUGACCGCAACUUAAAUAAUUAGUCUUCUAUUCAACUAUCAUCCUCUUCAAUUUUAGGUGCCAAGUAGUAGCGAAUAUGUCCGAUAUCUUGGAUGCGGUACUCUACUACCAGUGGCACAUCAGCUGACAUUGAUAAUUGGAC